AUGCCAGAUGGCAAAGGGUUACCACACCGAAUUGACCUAGAUGAACCUGUCGAUGUGGAAGUUUUAAAGACCACAAAUGGAUCUAGCAAUCAGUACUGGCUAUUCACGAGACGUAAUCCUACAGAAGCACAAUUACUUGUUUACGGUAACCCUGACUCGGUGAGAAACUCCAACUACAAGCGGAAUCGACCACUGAAAGUGAUCGUCCACGGCUGGCUAGGUGAUGGAAAUGCAGACGUAAACAAACGUGUGACUUCCGCUUUCCUAGAUACCGAAGACGUCAAUGUAAUUGUCGUCGACUGGCGAAGAUUGGCAUUUGCAGGCUACUUUACAUCUGUAGACGCCAUACCUAGCGUUGGACAGUAUAUUGCCUACUUUUUGAUUUGGCUAUUUAACACUGCUGGUGGUAACUGGAACAACGUCCAUUUAGUCGGCUUCAGUCUUGGUGCUCAUGUUGUGGGUAACGUUGGACGUACCGUCGAUGGCAGACCUAGACGUGUUACCGGUCUUGAUCCGGCUGGUCCUGGAUUCCAUGACAAUUCAAAAGCCUUAAACGUCAACUCUGGACGGUACGUCGAAAGCAUUAAUACCGAUGGUUGGCGCUUCGGAAUCAUGGAUCCUAUUGCGCAUGCAAACUUUUACCCCAACGGCGGCAGAAAUCCUCAGCCAGGUUGCUGGUUCAGUACCUGCUCGCACAGUCGGGCUUACGAGCUCUUUGCCUCCAGUGUACGCACAAACCACUUCGUUGGGAGACGAUGCAACAACCUAAAUGAAGCCGAAAACAACCGAUGCUCUGGUGAUAUUCUGAAUAUGGGAAAUGACAAUAUGUCAAAAUCUGGGUAA